AUGGGCUCCACUGCUGUUGAAUUCAAGAACUCUGCCACCUCCACUCUCCUGGAGCUGGUCAAGAGCCGUCGGACCUACUACGGUCUGAAGGCCGAGAGCCCCAUCUCCGAUGAUGCCAUUGAGAGCAUCGUCCAGGACUCUGUUCUCCAUGUUCCCAGCUCUUUCAACACUCAGACCUCCCGUGUUGUUCUCCUCCUGAAGGAGGAGCACAAGAAGGUCUGGGAUAUUGCUAUUGGCGCGAUGGAGGGCCUGGUUGCCGCUGGACAUGUGUCCAAGGAGAUGUUCGAGAACCACACCAAGCCCAAGUUGGACGCUUUCCGUGCCGCUUAUGGAACUGUCCUCUUCUUCGUUGACUACGAGUCCCUCGCUGGUAUCAAGGAGAAGUUUGCUACCUAUGCCGACAAGUUCGAUCCCUUUGCGCUGGAGUCUAACGCCAUGUCCCAGUACCUUGUGUGGCUCGCUCUCGAGUCUGAGGGUUUCGGUGCCAACCUUCAGCACUACAGCCCCCUGAUUGACGAGCAGAUCGCCAAGACUUGGGACCUGCCCGCCCAUUGGAAGUUGGACGCCCAGCUGGUCUUUGGUGUCCCCGCUUCUGAGCCCGGCGAGAAGACCUUCGAGCCUCUUGAGAACCGCUUCAAGGUCUUCGGCAAAUAA